GGUUGGGGCCCGCGGGGCGGCCUGAGGCCCCGCCGGCUGCGCUCCGCCGCGCUCGGUGGGGCCGGAGCGGAGCGGAGCGGAGCAGAGACCGGCCCGGCCCGGCCCCUGAGGUUCAGAAUCCUGGGUGUCCAUCAACUCUGUCUCCCCACUGCCUAACGGGAGCCACUAUGGCCCCCAAAGACAUCAUGACCAACUCCCAUGCUAAGUCCAUCCUCAAUUCGAUGAACUCUCUCCGCAAGAGCAACACCCUCUGUGACGUGACGUUGAGAGUGGAGCAGAAGGACUUCCCCGCUCACCGGAUUGUGCUGGCGGCCUGCAGUGACUAUUUCUGUGCCAUGUUUACCAGCGAGCUUUCAGAAAAGGGGAAGCCAUACGUCGAUAUUCAAGGCCUGACUGCCUCCACUAUGGAAAUCCUGUUGGACUUUGUGUACACGGAGACGGUGCAUGUGACCGUGGAGAAUGUUCAGGAGUUGCUCCCCGCAGCUUGUCUGCUUCAGUUGAAAGGGGUGAAGCAGGCCUGCUGCGAGUUCCUCGAGAGCCAGCUAGACCCGUCCAACUGCCUGGGCAUCCGGGACUUUGCCGAGACGCACAACUGCGUGGAUCUCAUGCAGGCGGCCGAGGUCUUCAGCCAGAAGCACUUCCCCGAGGUGGUGCAGCACGAGGAGUUCAUCCUUCUGAGCCAGGGGGAGGUAGAGAAGCUCAUCAGGUGUGAUGAAAUUCAGGUGGAUUCGGAAGAGCCCGUCUUCGAAGCCGUCAUCAACUGGGUGAAGCAUGCCAAGAAGGAGCGAGAGGAGUCCCUGCCCAACCUGCUGCAGUACGUCCGCAUGCCCCUGCUCACCCCCAGGUACAUCACAGACGUGAUAGAUGCAGAGCCAUUUAUCCGCUGCAGCCUGCAGUGCAGGGACCUGGUGGACGAAGCAAAGAAGUUCCAUCUGAGGCCCGAACUGCGCAGUCAGAUGCAGGGACCCAGGACCCGCGCUCGCCUGGGGGCCAACGAGGUGUUGCUGGUCAUCGGGGGUUUUGGCAGCCAGCAGUCGCCCAUCGACGUGGUGGAGAAGUACGACCCCAAGACUCAAGAAUGGAGCUUCCUGCCAAGCAUCACCCGGAAAAGGCGUUACGUGGCCACCGUGUCCCUGCACGACCGGAUCUACGUGAUCGGUGGCUAUGACGGGCGCUCCCGCCUCAGCUCCGUGGAGUGCCUCGACUACACGGCCGACGAAGACGGGGUCUGGUACUCGGUGGCCCCCAUGAAUGUCCGGCGUGGCCUGGCGGGAGCCACCACCCUGGGAGAUAUGAUCUACGUGUCUGGUGGUUUCGACGGGAGCAGGCGCCACACCAGCAUGGAAAGAUACGAUCCCAACAUCGACCAGUGGAGCAUGCUGGGGGACAUGCAGACGGCUCGAGAAGGAGCCGGCCUCGUGGUAGCCAACGGAGUCAUCUACUGCCUUGGGGGGUAUGACGGACUGAAUAUCUUGAACUCGGUUGAGAAAUACGACCCCCACACAGGACACUGGACUAACGUUACUCCAAUGGCCACUAAGCGCUCAGGAGCCGGAGUAGCCCUGCUGAACGACCACAUCUACGUGGUGGGCGGCUUUGACGGCACCGCUCACCUCUCCUCCGUGGAGGCCUACAACAUCCGCACGGACUCGUGGACGACCGUGACCAGUAUGACGACCCCCCGGUGUUACGUGGGGGCCACGGUGCUGCGGGGCAGGCUCUACGCUAUCGCAGGCUACGAUGGGAACUCCUUGCUGAGCAGCAUCGAGUGCUACGACCCCAUCAUCGACAGCUGGGAAGUGGUGACGUCGAUGGGGACCCAGCGCUGCGACGCGGGCGUGUGCGUGCUCCGCGAGAAGUGACCGGGGGCGGGGCGGGCAGGCCGGGGGAGAGCGCGUCAGCCCAAGCCGGCGGUCGGUUCCUAGGAGGACGGGUCGACGGGGAACUGAAGACCCGUAGCGGAUACUUCUCUCGCACGCCGUGUGGACCGGGUGAUUCUGAGCCCCAGGGCGGCGGUGGCCGUAACUCACCCGCGUCCCUCCCCGGCCACCGUCUCGGGUGUGCGGCAGCUCCUCGCGGUGGGCGGGCAGUUGGAACAGGUGAAAGAGGGCACUCUGAACAGAGCAGGAGACUGCGGCGUCUACUCCACUCUGUGGUUUCAGGGGCACUUUUUCCUGGCAUCCUCCAGCCCGCCACGUGCGGAGGAGAACGUGUACCUCGACGGUGUGUCCGCCAACUCCCGAGAAGCCGUGGUGGGCUCCGGUGAGCACGGCCCCCGUGCCCGUCCGGCACCUGACGGGCAGUCAGCUUGAUGACGGAUCUUGGCGAAACCCACGUCUCUGAAGGGGGUGAAGAAAAACGCGUCCGGCUCAGCGUACGUCCAGCUAGGGCCAACGGAACUCAAAUCCGCGCCCGAUGGGCCGGGAACUUAUCGUCGGGAAGGCAAGGCGGGGUGGUACCUCUUUGAAAGUCGUGGGCGAGCGGGACGCUCCUGGGAUCAGAGCUACCCUUAAGGCUCGAAGCAAGGCUUUAAUUAGAUGGCGUGUGGGUCAAGUUGGGAUCGGGGAGGAAGGAAAGAGUGCCCCUCCUUAAAGAACGAGAGCCGUCUCCAGGUUGGAUGACCCUUUUUCCUGGACUCGGAUUCAGGGUUGUGACUCCCCUCCCCCCGGAGCCCGUGACCUGAGUGAAAGAGAGCACUGUGGACAACUGCCGAAGCCGAAGGGAUGAGUGCUGGGGAAAAGAGGCCUGGCACUUUGCUGUUCAGCUCAGGCCGGGGACAUCUCUAAGCAGGACUUAGUGUGGAGCAAACAUUUCCCACCCUAUUUAUUUUGGAGGUAGAAGGCCGAUAAUCUUCAACCCUGGUAGUUGUCGUCCCGUUCCCUCCCUCCCGUGUGCGGCGCUGAGGCGUGUCAUGCUUCUUGUUCCGCACAGCUUCCUUUCUCCCGAGUUUUCCCCCUUCCUUCCAGCUCGAUCACCUCCUCCCUCUCGUAGUAAAAACGCGCGGAUCCGAGUGCGCUGUAAAACGACGACCGAGACUUUGCUGAGGCCUCGGUACCCUGCUGAGCCAACACAGCCCAAGUGAAAGGCAGGCGGGGAGAGAACACCAUAAUCUGAAUAAGGAUGCACUUGGCCUUGGUAUGGAAAUUCCACUUCAGUCCCUUUUCCAGAGUCUUGUGUUCAACUCCCCUCCCCGAAAUCGUUUGCUUUGUCUUUUUUUUAAAUGAAAUAAUAAAAACCACCUUGUCGCCUGAGUGCAGCGGGAG